GCAACAUGCAGGGAUCAUUUCUCUGUACUUGCCUAGCAGGUUUUGCUGGGGAUGGCAGACUGUGCAGGGAUAUUGAUGAAUGUGUUAAUAGACAACACACAUGCUCACGAUACGCUCAAUGUCACAACUCCAUAGGCGGCUACUCAUGCGGUUGUCUUGGCAACUACUCUGGUGAUGGAUACCGAUGCCAUCCGGACGAGUGCGCCAUGGGAGUGCAUCGUUGCCAUGGAGACAACAUUGUCUGCCUGGACACGGAGGCAGGCUUUGACUGUAUGUGUCCGGUCGGGUUUGAGCUCGACUCUACGCAUUUUGCCUGUCAGGAUCGUAAUGAGUGCUUACUGGGCAACAGGUGUCAACAGAACUACAUGUGUGUGAACCUGGAAGGUAGCUUUGCUUGUCUGUGUGCCUAUGGCUUUGAGCUGGCCCGGGUGUCGGGUCGAACACAAUGCCUCGAUGUGGAUGAAUGUCACGCUGCUGGAAAUGGGAACGACUGUGAUGCUAUCGGUGAGCUGUGCAGGAAUGUACCUGGUUCGUAUGAAUGUCAGUGCCAUGAUGGGUUUGCUAGGUCUGAAGCAAACUCUUCAUGCAAAGAAAUCAAUGAAUGCUCCACCAUGACUGACCCAUGUCAGCCUGGGUCCCAGUGUCGUAAUACAGAAGGCAGUUAUGUAUGUUCAUGCUUGCCUGGCUUUCUACUGGUGGACGGGCAAUGUCGUUCCUUGCCAGAAUGCACUGAACAGACUGACAUUGACCACUGCAAUAGCACUACACAUGCUCUCUGCAAGCUGUACAACACCACUGAGAUGUGUCUCUGCGCCAACGGGUUCAGCAUGUCCCAGCACGGCUGUCGGAAUAUGAAUGAAUGCAUACGUGGGCAACACGACUGCUUCUCAAUGGAACACACGGAAUGCAUGGAUACUGAAGGCUCCUACGAGUGCCGUUGCUCGACAGGGUAUGCACUGGACGACAAUCAACGAUGCCAAGAUGUGGAAGAAUGUGCAGACAAUAUGCACGAUUGUGAUGGCAAUGCCACAUGUCGAAACAGUGUAGGGACAUUCCACUGUCUCUGCAAUACUGGCUUCACAGGAACUGGACACACUGGUGGGUGUGAGAAUGUCAAUGAAUGUGUGCAUGGUCUGACUGCUAACACAAGAACUAUGAAUCCUGUUACCACCAUGGCUCGUAUUCCUUGCACGGCUAGCAACAUGCAGUGUGCAGACACGGUUGCAAGCUAUCGAUGUGACUGCUUGCCCGAUUACUACAUGCAACAUGACGGCCAGUGCAGACCCAGCAGUGAGCUGUUCACACCAUGGAGUCCACCACAGCCCGGAACACCCACAUCAUUGACAUGGCCCAUUCGAAAGUUUGAUUACCAACAAGAUCUCCAGUACACAGUCAUUGCCAUCAACCUUGGACCAGCUACCUUGAGCAGCUCAACUAGCAGAGUGUUUCAUGUUUCACCCGACAUUCUAUACAACUUGACCGGACCCAAUGUCUACUCUUACGCUGAAGCACUGGAGACAAGGCAGCCAGGCUCCACGCCGAGGGCAUACGUUGUGGCGGAGUUCCACUCGUCGUUGUUUGGACACAGGGCCGUAUUGCCCGUGGCGGUGGGUGAUGGGACGAGACUCGGGCAGUGGGAGAAUGGUCCCCUCCCGCCCAGACACACCUUUACCCUAUGGUAUCAGGCAGCGCAGGCCAGUGAGGAUGCUGAUAAAUACUCCCAGAUAAGAGUAGUGGCGACAUCACCAUACCUACCUAUUCAAGAAACGACAGGUGCUGGUAAUGGGCAUACAGCAGUGUCUGUCACUCUAAUAGCUGCAGCGGCUGGAGGACUGGCUUUCGUAAUGUUCCUAUCCCUCUGCAUUGUGGUUCUGAUACGGAGACAACGGCGCCUGGCUGGCAAAGGAAAAAUGCGCCAGCCUUCCAGGAACAAGAUGCUUGGCUCAAGUGCCUCUGAAGACAUUAAGAUACGAGACACGUCAAUUUGAAUCCCAUAUUUUGGUGUUCUUGUUUUCUAUCGUUCAUACAAAUGAUGCUUGAUUUUCUGUCCCUGGUCUAUAGUAUAAUGGAAGGCAUAUUGAGCACAUGCACAGGGCAUACCCAUGCAGUGUGGUGUGAACAUUAUUGUACUAAACUAUCUGAUUACAUGUAUUGGCAACUUGCAUCUUUCCAUCUCAAUAGCUCAUCCCAAAUGCAAGAUAAUCCCAGCAAAUUGGAAGACCUGGCAGGUAUGACAUCAUCAUAACUAUUACCCUGGUCACCAAGAGCAUGUUCUUAUUUACACACAGACACUAGCUGUACGCUGCUCAGUUUACGCGCUACACCUUCAUGACCCCUACGCGUAACCUUGAGCAAUUAUUACACAAUCAUGGUUUGCCUUACUAACACACAGGUCAGUUCAGAGUCACCGGCUAUCAGCUAAACCAAACUCCUAGCGUAGUUAUUGUCUUUCUGAUCGCAUAGUCCUCUUCCUUGCACGACUGAUGCACUCGGCAUGUUCUACGUGUACCAGAAUUGCAAAU